UUCUGAAUCGAAGGGGUUUCCUUUUCUGCCUGAAAGCAAACGGGAAAAAAUACGAGGAAAUAGAACUCACAGCUUCCAUUUUCCGUCGAAACCCGGGCAACAUUGACAUUUAAUGCCUCAGGAGGUAAAAUUUGUCUACAAACGGACGAAACAACUGUUUUUGGGUAGUAAAAUUGCAGCUUGAAGGGAAAGAAUUUGUGGAAUUUUCGCGCGUAAUUUCGGCGCUCGAAAUGUGAAUUCGCGCCAACCUGGCUCCGGUGCAGUCUCGCGGUCCAUUAGUGUACAUGUGUACGUGUGGUCAGUUUCUUCGGUCAGGAUAAUUUUUCCACGUGGGACAUUUGUGUUCAAUUUUACCACUUUGAAUCCAUUUUUCGCUGAGUUUCAGCCCCAUCAUUGUUGCCGCUCUUCCUUGUGAAAAUCUGGUCGUGCAGAUCAUACUCGUUAAAGUCAAGAGGUAGUUGCUCUCUUAGUAGCUAUUAAUCUGCAAGUGACGAUGGAUUUCUCGACUGCCAUCCCAACUCCCUCUUGGGCGACCUCCGACUGGUUUCCGACAGGCACCGGAACCAUGGCCCCGAUGGACAUGAGCCCCUACGUCUGGACGCUGGUGGUGGGCUUCGCCAUCUCCUUUGUCCUGGCCUUCGGCCUGGGCGCCAACGACGUGGCCAACUCCUUCGCCACCUCAGUAGGGGCACGGGUGCUGACCCUGCGCAUGGCCUGCAUCCUGGCCUCGUUCUUUGAGACGGCAGGGGCGGUGCUGCUGGGGGCCAAGGUGUCGGACACCAUCCGCAAAGGCAUCUUUGACGUGACUCUCUACGAGGGCAUGACCGAGAUUUUGAUCGUGGGCCAGAUAGCUGCAUUAGGAGGCGCAUGUGUGUGGUUGCUGGUGGCAACGUAUUUCAGGCUGCCUGUUUCGGGAACGCACAGCAUUGUGGGGGCGAUGAUCGGCUUUCAUCUUGUCGUGUUUCAGACGGAAGGAGUGAAUUGGACCAAGUUUGGACUCAUCAUUGCGUCUUGGUUCAUCUCUCCGCUGCUGUCUGGAGUCAUGUCGGCCAUCAUUUUCCUUCUCUACAAGAAGUUUGUUUUGAACAAGGACGAGCCCUUGGAGCCAGGUCUGAAGGUUCUUCCCAUUUGCUACACACUGGUGAUGCUGGUCAACAUGAUUUCCAUCACCUUUGAUGGACCCGAGUUGUUGGGGUUGAAUAAAGUUCCUGUGUGGGGAACAGUCAUCAUCAGUCUGGGCGUUGGUCUCAUCACUGGUUUGACUGUGUGGUUCCUGGUUGUCCCUCGACUGCGGAGGAAGUUAAAAGAGGGUGACAAGAACUUCUCUGCGCUGCCAACUGUUGGCGAGGAUGAUGGGAAAAUCGAGCCGGCUGAUGUAACCAUCGACAUGAGAGAGAGCAACAUCGAUAAAGAAAAAUCCCUGGAUGAAUCUGUCACCUCGGAGAAGAGGGAUAUUGCUGAACUCGACCAGAAGCUGCGAGUCCAGGAUAUUGAGAAGACUGCUGCUGAGACCAGGGAGAAAGAACCCAUGAUGAUUAUGACAGACAAGCUGGACGUCUCCUGCGAUACUGCCGAUACCUCCGUCCAGUCCACGUCGGACCUGAACAUCUUCCAGCGCCUCCUGAUGCGCGCAGGCUGGCGCAGGAUGGAGAGCGGCCACACCACGCCCAGCAGCGCCACGCCCGGCAGUGCCACGCCGGACUCGCUGCGCUCCUCCGACAGCGCCGGCACCCCGCGGAGGAACCUGGAAGCUUGGCAGAGUGUGGUGGACCCGCCCGAGGUGGCCAAGCUGUGCGGGCCUCUGCAGAUUCUGUCUGCCGUCUUCGCCUCGUUUGCCCACGGUGGAAAUGAUGUGUGUAAUGCUGUCGGCCCCCUGGUAGCGCUGUGGUCCAUCUACCAAACUGGCGGAGUGGGCCAGAAGCAGAGCACGCCAGUGUGGAUCCUGUUCUACGGCGGGCUGGGCAUCACGGUCGGGCUGUGGGUGCUGGGACGCCGCGUCAUCGAGACAGUUGGCAACAGGUUGACCCCCAUCACUCCUUCAAGCGGUUUCACCAUGGAGCUGGGCGCGGCCACCACCGUGCUGGCUGCCUCCAAGCUGGGCAUCCCCAUCAGUACCACCCACUGCAAGGUGGGCUCGGUCUUCAUGCUGGGCCUGGUGCGCUCCCGCGCCUCGCUGGAGUGGAAGGUCUUCCGCAACAUCAUCCUGGCCUGGGUUGUCACGCUGCCCAUCACCGGCGGCAUCAGCGCAAUAAUCAUGUUGAUACUGCAGAACGUUGUAUGAUGAAGGCCCUUUUUCUUUUAACUUCAAAUUGGUCCUGCAGAUUUCUGUUUUUUUAUUUUCUAAAGUUUCUUGAAAUGGAGAACGUACCUGUAAGUACUGUAUUAUUUCAAUGAAAUAUUUGUACAUUAUGUGAUAUUGCUAUUAUUUGCCGUGUGCGCAACCCGUUGGGGCGGUAUUCACAAGUCUAAACAAUGUCUACCUCGGGGUGACAACAGACUGGUUAUUGUAACCCUUGGCUAGUCCAUAACACCAAUAAACUAAGGUGGAAGUCAAGCUUGAGUUAUGUGUGACCGCAGAACCUUGCAAUCCUUACUUUGUAUUCUAUAGUCUACCCGUAGUUAUUGGAAGUCUGUGAUUGGGUCAGCCGUGCUGGCUCUGAGUAGACAAAUGCAUGCCGACCAGGCCAACUGCAGCUGACCGGACGAUAUCGCCACCGAUUCCACGAACUGACACUCAGUGGCAAGUGGUUGCCAGGUUGUGAAAAAUGCAUUAUCUUCGACUUCGGUUUGACGAACAGGCGCGCAUCGGGCACCGAUGUGAAAUAGACUGACAUUUGUUUUCAUGAACUGACACUUUUGUUUUCACUAUUUGCUUUGGCAAAACAGGACAGAGAAAGGUGCUUUGAAAGGUUCGACAUGAAUUUCAUCCAUCCGUAGACUUGAUGUCUCACACAAAAUUUUAGUUCAGUCGUCUUGAUUGGUGGAAUUAAGAUCAAUUUCAUUUUGUGAAGACAAAAAUGCACGGAGUACCAGCUAAAAGCGCCGCACUGUACUGGUUGUCAGUACAUGGAAAAAAAAUAAAUUGAUUCUCUAAAAUGCGCGGAAAUGAGCACACUGAGCACGACUGACUGUCAGUUCCUGGUAUCGGUGAAGAUAUAAGGUGCUUUGCCUAGCAGCCGUUUCUUUACAGGCUGUCCUAAAAAAACAAAGGAAACCUUGAUUUUGGGAUGAACUCGGGAACCGAUGAAGGUUUCUAAGUGUUUAUACUUUGAAAGUUCCUCUUUCGUUUGAUACCAGCAAAAUGGCAUUUGGCUCAGGUGUGACUGAUCAGAAACAAUUGGCCAAGUCAAAGACCUUCCCUUGAAUUAGCGUUAGAGUGUGCAACACAGCCGACCCAUCCCGUGCUCAAAGCAAGUUUGGGCACCACUAACUCGGCCUUUCUGUGAUCAGCCGUGGCGACUGCAGCAUCAUUUUUCUGGUUUCGAAUUGGAAGAGGGCCAAGGACCUUUCCAACAAAUUGUAAACGUUUGGGAAAUGUUCAUUAGGUACUGAACAGUUCACCUGGAAAUCUCGCCAGGUUUCCUUUUUUUCCCCCAGGACACCCUGGAAAUGGGGUACAAAGUCCUAAUGAAACUAUAAAACUUGCACCGGUGCUUAACUUGACAUGGAACGAUUGACAGUCCUCGUAGCGGUGUAGAAUGUGUUUAGUACACCGAGGUGUUCGAUAUCAGUGCACAUGUACACGUAUUCUGCAUUUAUAGUUAUGUCCAUAGAAUGCAAACAAGGGGUAUGUACAUGCAGCGCCGAAGUCACGAAACAAACUGAGACUUGGUCCAGAUGACAUGGCUACGGCUGGAAAUAACACAUGGGCCUGUGGACUUACCAGCCGCAGCCAAGUACAUGUAUUCACUCAGUCAGAUACAGUUCAAUGAUGUACAUACAUUGUACAUGUACAUGCACCAUGCUUGCAUUUUGUGCGCCUUGAAUGAACACACCUUGAAAUGCAAUUGUUCAUCUUGAAAGUACUCUUCAAUUGUUUGACCGUCUUACCUACGAUGUAGUGUACACACCUGCUUUGGAAUAAAACUGGUAGUUUUCUCCACCUUUCUGGGAAUAAUGGGUCAACACGUAUUGCACUUUAUUGAUAAAAUAAUCCUUCACAACUCUUCAGCCCAAAGACCGAGUUGCAUUUUGGUGAAAGAAAAUAAAUGGGGAUAUGAGAAAUCAUUGCAAGCAUUAUAUAUAUGCUUUGGGUUAAAAGGAUACAAAAUAAAAAAAAAAAAAAACUUUAAAUUUAAAGUAAAAAAAAAAAAUUGCAUCUGAGGAUGCAACUGAGUUGCGAACAAUAAAUUGGCCCACCUUUUAUUACUGAACUAGACUAUUGCUCAGGAGCAAUAUCGAACUGCAUAUCAAAUCCCUGUCAAUUUGAUCGGAUUCAGGUAUAACUUGCAGGCUUAUUGGAACCAGGAGUUUGCUUACUGUCUACAGAAUAAGUCAUAGUGGUAAGUCCUCCCAAAGCAAAGGUGCCAAAACAUGUAAAUAGGUUGUUCUGGGCGUGUUCCUUCCCCAACAUUUUCCCUCAAGAUUACAAGAUGCACGCCAAGGGAAGGUUUUAUACUGCCUGUUCGCUUGUCUUCAACUGAAACCUGAGGUCAUCGCAAAUUUUGUGGCAGUCGUUUUUGAGGGGGAGGGGUGUAGUGUAUCUGGUUUACUCUUGAAAAUUGAUUUUUAAGAACUGAUUGACCCCUUGUGGUGAGUGUCAGUUCAUGUAAAAUACCAAUUUCUAAAAGCUACCCAUGAAAGUCAACAUUGUUGUGUUCAUACGUGAGCAGCAAAAAUUGUCAUUGGAAAAAGUGGUUCAGAGAAGAUCAAAGUAAUAAAAAAGACUUCCUUGUGGAUGUUUUGGGCUUCGUACUAUAGAAAUUGAAAAACGAAAUUAGAAAGAACUAAACAAAAACCAAAUGAAAAUGGUUAUUACCAUUUUUCUGUUGACCGUUACCCAUAUGUCCACAUCAUUGUGUACAUACGUGAGCAGAAAUAUACUAGAAAAAGAAGGGAUUUGGAGAAAAUCGAAGUGACGAAAUGUCUUCCCUGUGGAUAUUUGGGCUUAGCACUACAUGUAUAUAAAAAGAUCAAAACCCAAUUAAAAAACAAACCACCAAGAAAACCAAAAACAAACAAUGGAAAAUUGUCAUUUCGGCUAUCCUGGGUUUCAUUAAAAACAGAAGGCUACGGUAUAAAUUGUUUUGAAAAUGUUGCAAAGAAGUAUUGAUUGCUAAUGGUGGCAAAUUUGUUACUUUUGAUAACAAAGUAAAAGUUACAGUUAUUUGUUACAGCACACCAGGGAAGAAUUUUCUGGCUCUAGUGUUCCCAGUAUUCUGUUGUUGCAGUUUAUAACAGGCAAGUUGGUGCCCAAACUGUGGUCAGACCUUUGGUCAUUUGCUCCGCCAUGACAUCUGAAAACUCAUGAAACACGGCUGUUGGUAUCCAUCGGUGCAACUCUUGCUGUGUUAAGGUAUCAAACGGUCGAAAAGACUUGUCGAACAUCGAUCGAUGCAUGUGUACGCAUGUAGUAUUAUACACACUGCAACUUACCCUGACAAUUUCUGCAACAAAACCAAGUUCAGCACAGAAUUCUAAACUAGUUGGACAUUAAAUAUUAUAUUGGACACAAGUUUAUUCUUCCUGACCGGUAAAGUGGGAAAGAACAAAUUUUCUGUCACUGUAAGCAGAACAUCCCCUCGUAAAUACACAGGUAGCCGAGACACUAAAUUCGAAAAAACUCGAAAUUCUUCCUAAUCAGUGAAGUGUGCUGAACAAACCAAAGAACAAAUUCUAUGUUGCCAGGAGCAGGAAAUCCUUGCGUGGAGUGAAGUAUAGCGGUGAACCCUCGAGUGGUGUUUUAAUUAACUUGUAGAUACAAUGUAUCGGGUACACCUAGUUUUAGUUGGGUUUUGUGGGAGAGGGGCGGAGUAUGAUGGUCACAGGAGGGGAGCACCUCGUGCUCGGGCUUGUGUCUCCCGUACAGGGUGCUGGGAUGGGCUUAUCGGUUUUCUCACAAAGGGGGCGAAAAAUUACAGUUGGUUAACUGUAAUAAAUGUAUCUACAUCUGUGUGGUGCACAGUAAGCUGUCCUGUUCCUUGCACGCUUGGAAAUGUUGGCCUUUAAUCAGACGUGACCCACAAUUAUUUGCAAAACCAGGUUGAAGUGGAUUAAUGUUUUAUGAUUCUGAGUAUGAUCGAAAGUCUUAAUUCGGUCUGCAAAAAGCUUUGACAGUGACAGUCGUGGAACUUCGUAAACACAGAUAGUGGAAGUUCCACUACUUCAAGGUUAUGACGUUCCACUACUGCAAGGUUAUGACGUUACCUACUUCAGCCUGGUUUGGGGUCACCUCUACUCAGUGAGGACUUGUUUGAAUUAUUGGCAGCGUGCUAUACAAGACAAAUAAUUGAAAUCUCAUUCCAGUACCUCGUCGGGGGCCUCUGAGCCGUUUGGCGCGAUCAGACCCUCCGACUGUUGACUGUCUUGUGUUUAUGUAAAAUUAGUUUUUAUGUACAUUGACAGACCGAGUCAUUUCUGAUAAAUUGCCCUAAUUUAUUGUAGAGUUUCAUGCUGUUUUCAAUAUGAGGUGUGUUAAUAACAGAUUUGCGACACCUUGGUUUAUCUCAGGGUUGAUGGCAGGUGACUGGCCAAGUAAAGUAAUUGGAUGAGUUUAUUGCCAAUAAUUUAUCCUGCACAUACCUGUGUUUGUACUGAAAAGCCGUUUUUCGGCCAUGUUUAAUUCUGUUUAGGGAAGGGCUUUACAUGUAUCGGCCUAAAUUUUGUUGGAAGGUGUGUGGAUUGCCUCCUCCAUUACGAAAGUAGGGAGUUUCUCUCUUACUCAAGAUUGUCGUGUGUUCUGUACAUACAGUGUGUUGCUGCUGAAAAAAAGAAAAGUACUUGUUUACAUGAUUGCUGAAUGUGGCAUUCACACCCUCUGGUGAAUUUCCCUGUUUGGAAUGUAAUCUGUAAUUUGCAAUCACAAUGGGUCCUGGGAAUUUAAAACUACUUGUAGGUUAAAUUUGUUAUCAGAAUGUACUAAAUCGAGUUUUGUGUUCUGUUGGGCAAAGCUGAAAACCAGUAAGUUCGAGCUCAUAAAGCGAGCAGUAAAUUGUUCACUCUGAAAAAGCAUUUCGUAAGUUAACUAUGAUGGAUGCAGAAUAAAUCUGACAAGUGUGCAAGAACCUCA